CGCCAAGCCGGAGAGGAUGGCCGGAAAGUGGUCCACAUACCCGAGCAUCCUCCUCCACGGACUGCCACGUUGCAUUGGGAAGCAGCAUCUCAGAAACCAGAGGCCCGUCUGUGCAGCCCAGGCUUCUGAAUACGGAAGUCUACACCAGGCCCUGAAGUCCUGAAACCCAUGACCCUUGACGUCUCAGAAGGAAGAGCCUUGCCACAUUCUUGACUUCAGGGCCCAGCGGCUCCUGACAGGAAGACAGUGCCCAAGAGGCCAGGAAAGCUUGCCAUGACCUCAGCUCACAGCUCCAAGCUACAGGGUAACAGAGUUUUGACUGACUGCUGACUACUGUGGCUGUCCACCUCUGUGUAAUCUAGAAAAGCCAUAUACUGUCUCCAGUUCUGUCCUCUCGAAAGAAGCAGGUAAUUGAAGUUUGCUUUGAGGAUAUCCAGUAUUGCCUGGAAACAGAACUGACAGCAAGCAUAUUUUGGAUCAUGCACUUCCUGUGAAAGGAUACUGAAUAUGAUUACGAAGCACCCUCCCAGGAAGGAUCUGGUGCUCUGCCAGUCAAUGAGUCUGUUGAAGGAUGUCUGCCAGGGAUUUCUUCAUGUGAAAUCCUUCUGAAUUUCAGUCAGCUCUGUGGAAAUGCAGAUAAAGAAGAUGAAGGAUAUUGGAGAACAGCUCUAUACCGCACAGGUGAAUGGCGGACCCAGUUCCCUGACCAUGUCACCCAAACAACCGAAUUCUAACAGAGCUACUCGGCCAGAUAGACACGAAGCACACACCCUCUUGUUCCAAGGCUCAGAGGCAGAGGCUGCCAUGUUGACCCUUGCUACGUGUGUGCAGUGUAAAAGUGUUCACAAGAUCCCGCCCCAGAAUUUAAAGAAGGGCCCUGGGCAGAGCCAGCAGGCAGACGCCUACAUCUGCUUCAAAUGCAGCCUCCCAGCGGCACCCACCCAGUUUCAUUUUGUGAACAGUAACCCCAGCGCCACUCACGCUGGAAAUGAAGGUAACACCGUCUCGAGCCCUGUCGGUAGCAAAUUUAAGGUAAGGAACUUUAAGCCGGGCAAGUACUACUGCGAUAAAUGCCGCUUCUCCACCAAGGACCCGCUGCAGUACCGGAAGCACACGCUGCAGCAUGAGGAGAUCAGGUUCAUCUGCUCUCACUGCAGCUACGUCUCCUACACCAAGGGAGAGUUCCAGAGGCAUCUGGUGAAGCACACCGGCGUCUUCCCCUAUCGAUGUGAGUACUGCGACUACGGUGCUAUUCGAAACGACUACAUUGUCAAGCACAGGAGGAGGGUGCACGAGAGGGCCGGUGCCAAACGGCCACUCAAAGCUGUUGCCAAGCUGGAGCCGAAGAGAGCCACCGUUGCCAAACAGAACCUGGAGCUCUUAAAGGCUCCCACCCCAAGGGCGGCAUUUCCGAACAAGUUGUCCGAUCAGCUCUCCAGGUUCUCUCUCCAAGCAGGCAAAGACAGAGUGCACAACAUCAUGUUGGUGCCCGAAAUAGAGUACCAAAAGGAUGUAGUGUGUGUUCCAAACAAAACGACCCUCUCGAAGCCCAGCGAAGCGAGUCUGCUGGGGAAUAAAAACGUCCAGGUGGAAGUGCUCUCCCCUGCCAAGGAGCCCGUGCAGCCAGGCAUGCCCUUGACUGUCGUGGCACCGGCAGAGCUGGUGGUCCCCACCAACUGUCUAGCUCAGUUGAUCGACGUGAAGGUAGUCAAUGGCACACAGCAGCUUGUGUUGAAGCUGUUUCCCCUGGAAGAGAACACUCACCUUGAAUCUGGCAGAGGCAACGGAGGUCCUGAGCCUGUGACUAAGGAGAAGGGCUCCGAGGGACAGAAAAAAACACCCACUACAGUAGCAACAAAGUCACUAGCAAUGGAAGGGAGUGCUGGAGAGCUUGUGGGCCGAGAUCACCUUCACUCUUCAGUCCAGAAACAGCUUAAAAACGUGAAGUGGGUGAAAUCCUGUGAUUUUUUCAUGCCAAACUCUGGCAUGCUCACCCAUCAUGAGCCCUUUCUCAGUUCUGAUACAGUUAAAGAUUUGCAGAAAAAUCAUGGUUUGUAUCCACCUCAAGCCCUUCCUUCUGCUGCCUUGAAAGGUCCUUCUCCAGCUUCUGUGAAGAACAGUGUCUCGCGUGGUCCCGGAGCCACACGGAAGCCUUUCCUGUGUAAAGCUGCUGUUUCCUUUGCUGAUGAUGGAAGGCAUUUGCACAGUGACUCAAGGCAGCUACUUCCGCUUGCCUCCUCCAUUUCCUUCACUGGGGAAAAGGCUGUCUUGCCUGUGGGCGGAAGCGAGUUGGAAUGCAGGAGUGGAAUCGGCAUUCCUGAAAACAUGGUUUCCUCUGAUAGACAACUGGAAGGUGGGCAGGUAGAAAAGAAGGCUGUGCUGAGCGUCGGCCAGGUUCCCUCUGCACACCACAGUGAGUAUUUACACAUAAACCUAACAGAAGAGAAACUCAGGCCCCAGCCAUCUGGGGAUCAGCCUGCACAGCUAACGAAUUCUGAGCGGACCAAUGACACCUUUGAGGGCCCGAUCAUCUCAUCCGUGUUUUCUCUGAGCUCUGGGUCUGAGAAUGUGCCAGAAGGCAUCAAAUGGAAUAGUUCAACAACCAAAAUAAAGUCAAUCGAGCUGCUGCGCAGGAAGAUUGCGCAGCUGAUUGAGUCCUGCGGCAAGCCUUCCUCCUUAUCCGCCAGUGGUGCUCAGCGCCGAUCUGUAGGGCUGGCACCCAAGCUGACUUCCAAGGCAACUCCCGAAGGUGUUCAAGAAAUUAAUGUGUCCCUGACUGGCCCUGGCCCUUCUGCGGGUCCUCUUCCAAAACCUCCGAAUGAGGGAGGUGUUACCAGCAAUGGACAGGUUGCUCAGGAGAUCUGCCCCCCACUCACCAAUGGCAGUGAUGGGAAAACGGAAAGCAGAGUGGCCCAGAAGGCUCAGGUUGCCACCCCAGUGCUGAUCCCCAAAGGGGCUGUGUUGAGGGUUCUGAACUCUUCUGAGGAUGCUCACAUCAUAGAAACCGCCUGUGACACACCUGUCAGCAUACCAUGCAGCAAAGCUCAGUUAGCAGACCCAGGUCCAUUCUGCCCGGUGGAACAGACAGGCUCCGGCUCGCAGCCUUUGACAAGUCAGAGUGGGCCAGUAGACACGUCCCCAAGCCUGGAGACAUCUCUUCGGCCCAAAUCGAGAAAAGAGGAUGCCCUCAGUGGUGUCACCCCUAAGAAAACCGUCCCUGGGUACAGUGCACAACCUGGGAUCAUCGACUCGGGCAAGCCUGGGAGGCUGAUUUCUAGAAGUCUGACCAUAAGCAGGAGUAAAGCUAAGCAGAUGAGCUCAGCCAAGAAGAGGAGCAAGAUUCAGGCUGACCCCGGCCACUGUCUCAAGGACGCUUCCAUUUUUCAGGUUGCAAGGCAACUCCGACUGAUAGCUGCUAAACCAGAUCAGUUGAUUAAAUGUCCCCGACGGAAUCAGCCAGUCAUUGUGUUAAAUCAUCCUGACGUCGACUCGCCAGAAGUGACCAAUGUGAUGAAGGUAAUCAACAAGUACAAAGGCAAUGUCCUCAAGGUUGUCCUGUCUGAGAGGACGAGGUGUCAGCUGGGCAUCCGGAGGCAUCACCUGCGGCUGACCUACCAGAACAUGGAGGAAAUGAGCCAUUUGAAGAGGCAGAUGAUACUGAAAAUGAAACUGAAGAAAGUGCAUAAAAACAACUACCAGGUGGUGGACACACUGCCGGAUGACUCAACCCAGUGCAUAUUUAAGUGCUGGUUCUGUGGGAGACUCUAUGAGGACCAGGAGGAGUGGAUGAGUCAUGGCCAGCGGCAUUUGAUAGAGGCAACCAGAGACUGGGACGUCCUUUCCUCCAGGGGCAAAUGAGCCAACACUGGUCUCUGGAGAGAAUUGUUUUUCUUUUCGUUAUCCUGGCUUGGGGUCACACCCCCUGUACCCCUGAGGCAAUGAGACAUGCAGACCGUCAGAGUCGGGGUUGCUCACCCCCAGGGUCCCCGAAGGAAUGUUGAGAGCCCCUAACUUGAGCUCUGUGGCUGGACCGAGAGAGGUGGGAGGAUUCUGAAAUUCCACUUUUUUUUUUUUCCUGUUGGAAGCUGUUGAGGCUUUCCACUGGUUUUCAGUAGGACCUGAUGUCUCUCUGCCUAGUCCUCAUUUUCUGAGUAGACAGGUCCCUCCUACCCAUUCGGAAGGACAGGUUUCAAGCGUUUGACUCACUCCUGAGGUAAAUGCUCUGAAGAAUUCAACCUAUAUCCUGGUACGAGCAUCCACUCUUUCUGCUUUGGCUCUUCCACGAUAUUUGGUACCUAAUAGAAAUUUCAUUUUCUACUUGAUGAGUUAUCUUAAAUUUGGUUUCAAAGUAAGCUGUCCUCGGUCCCCACUCCACAGUACACACAGCAGUGUUCUGAAGAGCAAAACUCGCACCGUUCUACAGAGCACUGAGCUUUGCUUCCAUUGCUCCUUGAAGGACAGUGAUCCUGUUUCAGCAGCAGGAGAAGAGCAAACAAUUUCCAGUAUCUAGAUCUUGUUUGCUUUUGAAAUAUCUUGAUUUGUGACAAUUGAUUAGGGGAUGUUUUUUUAUUAUUUUUUUAAGGUAAAGGAAAAAUAUCUAAAAUUGUCUGUUCUUUUGCCUUUAAUGCUCCCCAAAAUAAAUGGCCAUUUUAAUAUGUGAAGGAACAGAUUCAUUAAAAUACAGAUAGGUAGGAGCAGAGCUUAAAGUGAGCACAUAAGGCUCCUCUGUCCUUCUGAGCAGGCCCUCCUGGGAACAGUCUAUCAGAAACCCAAUACAUUUUUGCUCCUGAAAUCCUAGCAGCUGGCAGGAACCCACAGCACGGGCAGAAAGCCCCGCCUGUUUGCUGGGGCUUUAGGAUCACUAGCCCUGGUUUUCCAUGCAUGAGCAGUCUAGCUUCACUAGACACUGUGCUUGUCACCUUUGCUGGGAGGAUCCCUCUCCACCAGGAGGUGUCAAGACUCAGGGAUCUUUCUGCGUGGCAUAGGAGAAUGUCCGUCUCCCUCGCACGCAGGGCCUCCUGGGUAUCCGACUCCUGGCUUUGCUGCGGCAGAUCCAGAUCUUUGAUCGCAGCUCAGUGAAUUGUCCUUCAAGUUCUCACCAUAGGUGACUCAGCAUUUCUCAGGUGUGACUCAGUACCUGACAUGAUGCUAAUUGUUUAAUUUAAAACUUGCAUUUUCGUAUAUGUGUAUAUCUGUGUACACAUAUACAUGUUUUUACCAUUUGCAAACAUAUAACAGCUAAUUUUCUUAUCUCUUUUAUGAUGAUAGUGCACUGGGAGAAUACAAAGCCUUUUUAUAUCCUAGAAAUAAUUUAUUUUGGAAGUACAUUUUUACAAUGGUUCAUCUCCUUUUUAGAAAAUGCAAGCCAGUAAGUGUGGGUCUGAUCACAGCGAGGAGCCAGGAGUAGCCAGCGCCUGCUGAUCCUUGUACUAUGGUGUCAGUCGUGGUGCUCAGUGACUCCAUAAGGAAGAGCGUUCUCAAAUUUGAGCCACAGUGUAGCGGGUAUCCCUCCAGCAAGAGCCAAGCCUCGUGAGAUGUGCAGGAAGGAGAAGGAAAGCCUGUGGGUGUACCUCACUGCUGAAUAACUUCUUCCUGAGUGGCCAGGGGGAGAGCUGGCCACGGGCAGGCAACAAUGUUGCCGGCAGGAUGUCCACACUUUGCUGUAGGUUCCAGGUAACCGAAGGGAAACAGUGGAGCUGGGUGUGUUUUGAAUGUGCAGCAAAGCUUUGGGGGGUUUUCAGAACAAUGAUUCUUGUCAAAGAAUUAGAAGGGCUCCUGGAGCCCUGAUCGUGGGAAGGCCACAGUGACUCUUCCCUAGAAGCAGAGCUUUAGAAAUAGCAGGUUAACAUGUAGGUAAGGGCCGUGGAAGGAGCCCAUUUCUAACUAAACUGGAGGAGAGCAGAAGUGUGGUAUCUCCAUGUCCUUACCUUGAUUUUGAAGGAUCUCUAGUCACUACAUUUUGUUAAUAGUACUAAUAAGAUUAUUUUAAGCUUAUUUUCUAAACUAGUUUUUCUUGGGGGACCAGAAAUGAGAGGACCUUGUUAUAUUUAUGAUAUAGGCAAGUAGAGUAAAUGGAAUUUUCAAAAGCCACUGACUCUAAGUGUUCUCUCAAUAGAUUAUAUUUUAUUCAAAUUUUUAUCUCCAGCCCAAAACAUUUUGUAAGCCCCUGUUAGGGGCCAAGCACUGUUGACCUAAACACAAUGUAUUAACCCUCAGAAGUACCAUCCCUCAUCCCUUAGGACUUACAUAAGCCACCCCAGAAGAUGAAGGUGCCGUGCUGUUCAGCUGUCACAAUGACUUCUGAAUCUGUGAAUGUCUUCAUGAGCAGAAAACAAAAUUUUGUCAAACAUGUCAAAGCAUUAUAAUUUCUGUGUGAACAAUUUGUGUGUCUGCUGCUCUGAUUCGGAAACGUGUGUGUACAUAGAUAGAAAUGUUGGCAUAAAUUUUGUUAAAUAAAGCCACUC